AUGGCGGCUAUAUUCGAGCAGCCUCGGAACGGAACCCUCUUCCUCGGCGGCCAGAAGAUCUCUGGCUCCGACAUUCGAGACCAAAAUGUCCUCGCUACGCAGGCCAUUUCCAAUGUCAUUAAGAGCUCUUUCGGCCCCAGCGGUCUAGACAAGAUGAUGGUAGACGAGAUCGGAGACGUGACUGUCACAAACGAUGGAGCUACGAUCCUGAGCUUAUUAGACGUGGAACAUCCCGCUGGCAAGAUUCUCGUCGACCUAGCUCAACAACAAGAUAAGGAAGUCGGUGACGGCACAACUUCCGUCGUCCUGAUCGCCGCCGAGCUUCUUCGCCGUGGAAACGAUCUGAUGAAGAACCGCAUACACCCCACGACAAUUAUCACCGGAUAUCGCCUUGCCCUCCGAGAGGCUGUCAAGUACAUGAACGAGAAUGUUGCUGUCAAGGUGGAGAAUCUCGGCCGCGAGUCACUCAUCAACAUCGCCAAGACUUCCAUGUCAAGCAAGAUUAUCGGCUCCGAUUCUGACUUUUUCGCCAACAUGGUUGUGGAUGGUAUUCAAGCUGUCAAGUCGACAAACAACCGAAACGAGACCAAGUACCCAGUUAAGGCUGUCAACAUUCUGAAAGCCCACGGCAAGGGUCCCGCCAUGGUCACGAGAGUGGCCGAUGCUAAGAUUGCCGUGCUUGACAUGAACCUUCAGAAGGAGAAGAUGAAGCUCGGUGUCCACAUCACUGUAGAUGACCCCCAGCAGCUUGAGAAAAUCCGCGCCCGCGAGUCUGGCAUGAUUCUCGAGCGUGUGGACCUUAUCCUCAAGGCAGGCGCCAACGUUAUCCUCACAACCAAGGGCAUCGACGACCUUGUCUUGAAGACUUUUGUGGAGCGGGGAGCCAUGGCUGUGCGUCGCUGCAAGAAGGAGGACCUCCGAAGGAUUGCUAGGGCCACGGGCGCCACCCUUCUCAGCACCCUCUCCGAUUUGAACGGCGAUGAAAAGUUUGAGCCCUCUUACCUAGGUUACGCUGAGGAGGUUGUCCAGGAACGGAUUUCCGAUGAUGAGUGCAUCCUCGUCAAGGGCACAAAGGCUCAUUCUUCAGCUUCCAUCAUUCUCCGCGGAUCCAACGACUACCAGCUCGAUGAGAUGGAAAGGUCAGUGCAUGACUCCCUGUGCGCUGUCAAGAGGACGCUCGAGAGCGGUACGAUUGUGCCCGGCGGUGGUGCAGUGGAAACCGAACUCCAUAUCUAUCUAGAGGAGUUUGCCAGCACGGUAGGCUCGCGCGAGCAGCUUGCCAUUGCCGAGUUUGCACAGGCUCUUCUCGUCAUCCCCAAGACUCUCGCCAUCAACGCUGCAAAGGAUGCGUCCGAGCUCGUUGCUCAACUCCGCAACAGACACGCGCUAUCCCAGAAGAUCCAGGAAGGCGAGGCGAAUGAAGAUGAGAAGACGGUAGCCCGCAAGAAGGCUUACAAGAACUACGGUCUUGACCUGACUCGGGGCAAGGUUGUUGAUGAGGUCAAGGCCGGUGUGCUUGAACCUAGCAUGAGCAAGAUCCGGCAACUGAAGAGCGCGGUCGAGGCUUGUAUUAGCAUCAUGAGGAUUGAUACCCUUAUCACUCUAGAUCCGGAAGUGAAGGAUGAGGGCGAUGGCCACGACCACUAA